UUAGUGACAUUUCGAGUUUUCAUUGGCUAGUGCCGCCGCCUGUCAACCAUUGUUUUCGAGGAGUAGGGUUAGGUUGUAUCGGCUCCGGAGCUGUAGGAGCGGAAUCCCUGGACCCAACCAGGCAGGGAGGGGAAUAUCUUGUUGUCCGCUUUCUCUACCUCCUCUUGUUUGUUCGGCCGGAUGCCCGGUGGUCUGUGAAAGCGCUGAGAGACCGAGGUGGUCAGUGUCACCCCUCCCGGGUGGGAGAGGCCCCCGGUGCGGGCCACGGUGCCGGGGGGAAGGGAUGACUCUGGACUCCAUGAUGGCCUGCUGCCUGAGUGAGGAGGUGAAGGAGUCCAAGAGAAUCAACGCUGAAAUCGAAAAGCAACUGAAGAGAGAUAAAAGAGACGCAAGACGGGAGCUCAAAUUGCUGCUUCUCGGUAUGAAGGAGGGCAAAAAGGGGACAAGUAGCGGGUGUUCUGGGGCUGGAUGCAGGGCUAUUGGAGGGAGAAGACCUCUGGAUCCUGUGGGAACUGUCAUGCUGUCGAACAGCAGCAAGGCCAAUGCCCUGCUGGUGCGUGAAGUUGAUGUAGAAAAAAUUUGCUCCUUCGAACAGCCAUAUGUGACUGCCAUUAUAAACCUGUGGAAUGACCCAGGGAUCCAGGAGUGCUAUGACCGGCGGAGGGAAUACCAACUAUCAGACUCCACCAAGUAUUACCUCUCCGAUGUUGACCGUAUUGCCAUUCCGGGUUACCUGCCCACGCAACAGGAUGUGCUGCGUGUCAGAGUGCCAACCACGGGUAUCAUAGAAUAUCCUUUUGACCUGGAGAACAUAAUCUUCAGAAUGGUGGAUGUUGGGGGUCAGAGAUCAGAGAGAAGAAAAUGGAUUCACUGUUUUGAGAAUGUCACAUCAAUCAUGUUCCUUGUAGCGCUUAGUGAAUACGACCAGGUUCUUGUCGAGUCUGAUAAUGAGAACCGCAUGGAGGAGAGCAAAGCCUUGUUUAGAACCAUCAUCACAUACCCCUGGUUUCAGAAUUCCUCUGUUAUCCUCUUUCUAAACAAAAAGGACCUGCUGGAGGAUAAGAUCAUGUACUCCCACCUUGUAGACUACUUUCCAGAGUUUGAUGGUCCUCAGAGGGAUGCCACAACGGCCCGGGAGUUCAUCUUGAAGAUGUUUGUAGACCUGAAUCCUGACAGCGACAAGAUUAUCUACUCUCAUUUCACCUGCGCCACAGACACUGAAAACAUCCGCUUUGUCUUUGCUGCAGUCAAGGAUACGAUCCUACAGCUCAACCUGAAAGAGUACAAUCUGGUCUGACCAGUCUCCCCAUCUUACCUUUUCAUACCUGUUAGCGUGAUUCCCUGCUAUCUAAAAGCUGAGCGCUAGCAUGCGUAUAAGGAGGAUAGGACGGCUGGUCCUAAAUUUUGUUUUAAUGUUUGUUUUAUUUUUCUAUAAAUACAUUGGUUUUUAAAUGGGAUUUUUGCCAAAUUAGUGAAAAUGCAGCGUGUUGCUGCCCACCUGCCUUGGAUGAGUCUUUUAAAAAAACCCUCUUUUUUUUUUUUUUGCUCCCAAAAUUUUUUAGUCGGUAUAGUGAGAAUUUUUUAAGAUGGAAUGUAUAUGGGUGCAGUUCAUCGUUAUUUUUGCACCCGUAUUCUUAAAGGGACAUGGUAGUGAUUCAUUAACUUGCAUGACUUUCAUGGUGGAAAACAAAUGUUGGUUUUAAUUAAGUCCCUCAAUGACAUUUACACUUACAGUGUUUUUGUAAUUAUGAGUUUUUGUCUUAAAAGCAAAGUUCAGAGCUAAGUUUGCAUUUUAGUACUUUAAAUCCAUUUUUUCCUUUGCAAACACCAUUUUUUUCUGUAGUUGAUAUAAUGCUUUAAAGUUAAUUAAUCUUUUCCCAUGUCUUUAAAAAAUAGUUUGGUCAUGGUGCCAGCGUGUGGCCUGUCAUUAUUUUUUCCAUUUUUUUUCUUCUCAUCCAGACUGAUAUAAUUGAUUUGCAUAACCAAAUUGCAGCCACUCUCCAACUUCUUACUAAGUUAUACCUUGUCUUGUUUAACUGCGUUGCAUGUUUUUAUAAUUAUAAUGUAAAUUACAGGGCUAUAAAUCUGUUUUAUUUCAGAGAAGGUUAUCUGUUCCGUUCUUAUUACCCUGCCAUGCUCCCUUUUUAUUAAGUAUGCCCAACAUAAAUGAUUGUGACUACCUCCCAGUGGCAUUUUGGGGUGGCAAAGGUAGUGCCAAAAACCUAUAGUAAAAUAGUUUGUUUCUCUCUUAGCUUUUAAAACAACUGUCUCCUCAUCCCAUUUGUUUGUUUCUGUAAGUUGCCAUAGAUGCCAUAUUUCAAGUUAUCUUGCUAUGUGUAUAGAACUGAUACAUAUUGAAAUGUAUUCCCUUUUUGUUAGGCGAGACAGUAGUAUGAUCUGUUAAUAUUUUUAAUUUACAUAAGUUCUUGUAACUUGAGGCUAAUUUUCAGUCUGCUUAUGAACUGUACAGAAUUUUAUACAGAACUUCUGCCUGACCAAACUCCUUCCUCAGCAAAUCUAUUGUCCUUUUCUAGGUAUUGCUAGGCUAUUUUGAUCUGAUAUAUUUGUAUGACCUAUAACAGUGUUCAAAUACCUUUAGGACUAUAGAAAAUGGGACUGAUGCUGUUUGCACAUUUGGACCAGCAAUGGACAAUGUUCUGGGAAAUUGUAAGCUUGGACAAUCUUUUUAAUUUUUUUUUUUUUUUUUUUUUGUAGGCAAGUAUGUUGCAAAAAAGGAUUUUAAUAGGGCAGACAAAGUUCUAAAUAAACACUAAGCAAAUACACUACUAUUUGCAGGGCCUUUUACGGACCUCUCUAGCAUGUAUUAAAUAAUUUUGACCUGAUUUAAUCUCUGUAUUCAAAAUAAAGUUAAAGGAAUUAUGCUAAUGCCCAAUGCAUACUAGUUCCAACUUUGAGGCCAGAGUCAUUCUAGAUCUGAGAUUAAUAUACAAUAUGAAGAGAGAACAUUUCUUAAAUCAUUCUAUAUCUACACUGGAAUGUCCCUUUUUAAACACAAGGCUUUGCCUUAAUGAUUUGGUUGGUGUUUCUGUGUGAUUGUGAUAUUUAAAAGAUUCAAGACAUGCAUUAUUUAUUCCCCGCCCCCAUCUCUUGCCCAGAGUAUGUUUCAAGCGGUGUUCGUUCUCAAGUCUGUGCAAAAGCCUGUUUUUUAUCUUUAUAUUGAAAAUGGAAGUUCACACAAUUCACUUAUUUAAUUUGACACUGCUUCUGGGGCUUUAGGAGUUGUGUUUUUAAAACUUUGCAAUGCUUUUUUAGGUUUUUUUUUUUUGGGGUUUUUUUUUUUUUUUUUUUUGCAUUGAUGCCCAGUGGUUGUUCUACGUCAGAUAGUGGGUAAUCAAAUAUUUUUUUUCCAGCUAAUAAUUUAGUAGUUCGGGAGAGAUUGUUUAAUAGGACUAAACUCCAUUCCUUUCAUGAAGUGCAAUUUGUGUGAAAUGCAAUCUCUCAGCAUCUCACAUUUCUCCUCCGCCCUCAUUUGCAUCUUUUCCCUUAUUUCUGCUAAAGAGUUUGGGCAAACCAAUUAAAUUGAGCAUCUAUUUACCCUAAUUUAAAGGGGUUGUAAACCUAUAUAUAUUUUAAUACACUCCAUUGUAAUGAUAACCGUGCAUAAAGCUUUUGUUUCCUUUGUAGGAAAAGGUCAUUAAGGUAGUAUCAUUCAUCGCUGCGUGCAUGCUUAUUGCAAUCGCCAGUCAAACAUCUGAUUCAAGUUGUGUGUUUUUCUUCCGAAAAAGCAAAGAGCACACUCCCACAUCUGUUGAAAUCGCAUGGGCAACAACAUGCAAUAUGUAUUAUCAUUACAAUUUGCUGAGUUAAUUUAUACAUGUUGACUGCCCCUUCAAUCAUGGGAUACACUACAGCCUCCUUUACUACACACAGAUCACCUUCUCUGUGUGUGUGGAGUUGGCCCUUUUAGAUCUUCCAGGGUUAUUUAUUGUAUAUAAAUUACUGUUGGGUAUUUUUUUUGGGCUAUAUUGAAGUCAGAUGAUCCUCCUGUCUCAUGAAGUACUACUUGAUGAUAGUUUUUUUUUUGUUUUUUUUUUUGUUUUGUUUUUUCUUAAAACCAAACCCUGAAAUUACUUUAUUGAAGUAUCCCAUUUGAUCUGUUUUUCUUGUGACUUUUUUUAUUUUUAAAUCCCUUUUGUCAAUAGCAAGACUGUAAAAUUACCAUCAAAUCUGUUUUGCAUAUUAACAGCUAGUAAUCUCUUGGUUGUUUCUAUUUUGAUGGCUUUGAAAGCCCUGUAAAUUUUAAUUACUGUAUUUGUCAUUUAUUGUCUGUGGAUGGCACUUGCUAUCCUCUUAUGUAAAUCAUUUUUGUUAUAACAAAUUUAUAUGCCUCUGUUCAUUUUCUUCAAAACAUACAUUUACUUACCAUUUCAGUGUGUUCAUCAUAACACCUUUCUAUGCCGUUCAUUUUCAUCCAGCAAGAGAGAGAUUUGUUUUAAAAGUAAGAAAAAGUGUGCAUUUUGAAGUUGCAAGAAAACUAAGCAGUAUCUUGAUACUAAUUCUACUUGGUUACACGGACAAUCCUUCAUCUGAGAACAUUAUUAUUAUAUAUUUUUUAUUUUUUUUUAAUAACCUUUUAGGAAAUCUACUUCUGCUCUUUAGGGACGUAAAGCAUCUUAUUCUUUUCACAAGUUGCAUUUUUGUGUAUUUUUUUCUCCUGUUUAUAUAAUGUAUAUUGUCAAUAAUAUAUAUAUAUUUUUUGAAUAUGCUUUUGUGAUUGUGUGACCUGCUUACUCUUCCCCCACAUUGCCAAUAUUAUUUUGCACUGGGUAAAUUAAAAGAAUACAACUCAUUCAGUCUUUAUGCGCUAUCAGAAAGGACAAGCUAAAGAGACACCACACCUGAUUAAGUUUCUGAUUAUUCUUAUUAACCUAGAUGAACAGUGCACUCCCCCCCUCCUUAUACUUUAAAGGGACAUGAAACCCAAAUUUUUUCUUUUAUGAUUUAGAAAGUGUGUGCAAUUUUAAACAAAAUUCUAAUUUGCGUCUAUUAUCUAAUUUGCUUCAUUCUCUUGAUAUCCCAUGCUGAAAAGCAUAUCUAGAUAGUCUCAGUAGCUGCUGAUUGGUUGCUGCACACGGAUGCCUCAUGUGAUUGGCUCAUCCAUCUGCAUUGAUAUUUCUUCAACAAAGGAUAUCUAAAGAAUGAAGCACAUUAGAGAAUAGAAGUAAAUUGGAAUAUUGCUUAAAAUUGUAUUCUCUUUCAGAAUCAUUAAAGAUUUUUUUUUGGUUUAUUGUCCCUUUAACUUCCACUCUCACUUUCAGAGUAUUAUUUAUUAUUAUUUUUAAAGCAUAUGUUUAUGAAUAGGGUGCCUGUUCAUACAUAUGUAACACUAUAAUAAUAUAAGUGCCAAACUGGUGGUGAUAAUGUUUUUUGUUUUUUUUUUAAGAUACUUUUGUGAUUUUUUAGAAUCGCCUCAGAAAUUAUGGAUAUAAAGCCUCUGACUGCUGGGAUAAGUAGACACCCCUUCCACUUCCUGCUUCAACUAUUUUUCACUACCAAUUUGUAGUAACAUAUGUGGAGCUUGAGCUCUGCAUCAGCAUUGUUUGCUUACUAUACAUAAAGAAAGGUUAUUCACCUCUCAGUAUAGUAUGUUUACAACUGAACUACAUCCACCCCAACCACCUGGCGACCAAUCUUAGGGACCUCACUUGUGUCCUAAAAUGAUUUCUGACUUUCUUUGUAAUGUUGAUGGGAAUGCAUACCUCAAUUUAUCCUUUUUGUACCGUAUUCUAGUCCCUGGCUGAUUUCUACAAAUUAAUUUUGGUGAACCUUUAAAACUUCAACAUUUUAUAUACCAUAUGUAAAAUGACUGUAUAGAACCCCCCUCCACCCAGUUAAAAAGGGUUUAAUCGGAAUGGAGGAGAUUGGUGCAGUCUUCACUCAUGCCAGUCUUUCCCUAUUCCUGUUUUUUGUUGUUGUUUUUUUUUAAAAAUAAUUUAUUAGAUCAGUAUACUGAAAUGGUUUUGUCUAGUAGCCCUCAAAUGAAGUAAUCUGAGGCUUAAAUGCAUAACUUCCUGUACUCCAUCCUCAGUCAGGGACUAUAAUUCCCUUUUUAAAUAUUAUUUUCCCUCUAGGUUUAGAGAGGAAAACCAUUUUUUUUUCUGUUUGUUUGCUUCAUCUGUUUUCCUUAAUGCUUCAGGUAGUUUUGUGUUUAACAUCAAGAGGAAGUAUUUAACUGAUUUGUGGCAGCUGCAUUCUUGUGAUGCUGUAUUGAAAGAGUGUUCCCCACUUUAAUUUAUUUUACGUCUCCAUUCUGACCCUGGCAACCAAGGUGAAUAAAUCUAUUCUCCAAAUGGAAACGUAUCCUCACAUUUUGCUUAUUUGUUCUUUAAAAUAUUUUAUUUUAUGGAUAAAAAAAAAUAAAAGAAAGCCUAAGGGACAAACUUGUUUUUGUUCUGGUGUGCAUUUGUUCUGUUUUUUUUCUAAUGAGGAUGGGUAUUCCUUUUGGUAGUAUGGAUUAGGGCUCUUUAUCUGGAAUCUGCAGAAUUCCAUAGCAGGUCAGAUUUUACAAUAUUACCAUGGAUGAGAAUUUGUUCAUUCUUGUAAUUUUAUUUUAUUAAAAAAAAAACAAAAAAAAACCCUGCAACCUAGCAUCAAACAAAGCCCACACUGCACAUUGUAUAUUUUGGUUUUAUGUCUAUGCCUCUUCCCCCCUUUUUUUUUCUAAAUAUGUACUUGGCUACAUCAGUAGUCAGAAGCUUUAUAUCCACUAGUACUGAUAUGGUUUUACUUUUAAGUGAAUAAGUCCCCCCCCCCCCCCCCCCCGUCCCCAAGAAGUAUGAAUGUAUAAUUUCCUUUCAUUUCCCACAUUUUUAUUGUCAAUUGUGGCAGUCUGUUAUCACCAGCAAAAGCCCAAAGCUGCUAUUAACAUGAAGUGCAAAACUACGCGCUGGAGUUCAAACAACUGCUUUCAUUUAAAAUUAAGGUUUUUCUUCCCUUUUUAUUGCUGAUUAUCAAGACUGACUGUUGUAAUACUUUUUUCAAAUGCAAUGUGUGGAAAAUUUGACUUUUUGGGAUGUUGUAGACCACUUUGGUUGAAUAUGAAUCAAUCCUGUAGAAGCAAAGGAGUGUCAAAAUUUAUAUGAAACAAAAUAAAUCAGAAUCCUUUUUAUGAAGAGAAUCAUUCAAAGCUGUAUGAUUGAAUAUAUUGAUGUAUAUUUACCAUUUUUUUGCAAAGGAUGUGCUUAUAGAAUGUAUGUAAACUCUUAUAGACUAGAAUUAUUCUUCCUGAUGUUUUUAUACAUUCAUUGCUAAAUUUAAGUCAACAUAGUUAAUACAGGGGACCAAAACUGCUUUGUCUGUUAACCUAUUUGUGUUUAGUAAGAUCAUAGUUGUGAGUCAACAGCUGCCAUUUAUAAAGUUUUUUUUAAAACUAUAAUUGGCAUGGGGAGUACAAUUUGGUGUGCUCAUGGCUAAAUAAAUUUAUAGGAUGCUCACAUUCCUGAAAGUUAUUAAAACCUGCUAAUACCUCCUUUUAAGACAUGGAUGGGGUACGUUGGCCCUCCAGAUGUUUCAGAACUACAUUUCCAAUGAUGCUCAACUGGACUUCAGAGUGCCUAAGCAUCAUGGGUAAUGUAGCCCUGAAACAUCAGGAGUGCCAAGGUUCCCCAUCCCUGUUUUAAGAGGUAAGAAAUUGGCUAUCUAUUUCCAGCUUCUUUUCUUAAUGGGACCUUGGAGUGAUGCAUUGAUUUUAAUUUUCCAAAUUCUGUGAGCAUUGCACUAUAGGUGUAAAUCUAAAAUUAGCAUGAUUUUGCAUAGUUUAAUUCACUUUUCCCAAUUUAAACAGCUCCCACUGCUAUUUUAAAAUACCAAAAGUAAGAAUGGUUGUUGCUUUGAGAGACUUAAUCACGGUUUCUAUGAGAUGUGUCUCUCCUGAGGCAACAAGGCCUCUAUAGCAUGCUUAGAUUGACAUAAAGUAUCUGUAUUAAAGUUUCUGGUUGUAUCAAAACAUGGGGGAUGGGGGGGGGGGGACAAACCUGCAUAUUUAAAAUGCAGUACUCAUAAGUGAAGCAAUGAGUCGGUCCCUUUAACUAAUUUUGUUCCCCUGACAUCAGGGCACUGUUAACAAAAAAAAAAAAAAUGUAAUAAUAAAAAAAGUAAAAUAUUUAAACACUUAAUUAACCAAGUUGCUUCACUCUCUAUGUCCUCUUGUUCUUACCUUUUUAUUUCCCUUUUACCUAAAUGCACACUGGAAUUUGAUUUUUCAUAUCUUGUCCUUAAAAUUGUUUUAAAUUGGAAUAAAUUUUGUUCCUAUAAA